CUUCAUUUAUCACGAGAACAAUAACGUCAACUAAAAUAAAACAAUAACUCUUUCCAAGCUCGUCAACUCACACAUCAGAGCAAUAUGUCUUUCCUCGGAUUUGGAAGACCGCAACCCACGUCGGAGGAGAAAAUCUCUGCCGUCCAGGCUGAGCUAAAACUUUUAACGCAAAUGCACGACCGACUCACCAAGGCAUGUGCGAAAAAAUGCGUCCCCAAUGACUACCGAGAAUCCGAACUCAACAAAGGCGAAAGUGUCUGCCUCGACCGAUGUGCUGCUAAAUUCUUCGAUGUCCACAUGAAAGUGUCAGAGUUAUUACAGCAAGAGAUGCAACAAAAAGGCGUCGGCGGGGGCAGUGGUUUUGGUUUUGGUGGUUAAGGCGGAGAAAAGGAUUACAUCUACUAUGACGCACUUGGUCGUUAUGACGAUUCCGGCCACGACGGACCGUCUAAACGACUGUACGAUAUGUAUACGCAGAGUUUGGAAAAGAGCUCUAGAUAUGGUGGUACGCGGUCGCUCCGCCUCCGAGUCUGUAGGUAUAUGAUCGGUGCCGGUCGUCGGGUCUGGCGCUUGUACUAUGGAAUAGGUUGGCCUGCUCGACCUGGACUUAGAAAUGAAGAUUCCUCUCAUGACCAAUUUCCAUUGUAACAUGCCCUCGAAUAAUGUGCUAAAAAAAAUAGAUUUAGGCCACCUUGGAAUUACCGUAGAAGGUUAUGAUACAGCGCAUAUGGAUGCUACGUACUUGCC